GUGUGCGCGUUGGUGCGCAGGCAGCUGGUGCGGGUGACGACGGUGGAGAUGGUGCCCACCACCGUGCUCACCUACACGUGGUGCCUGCGCGUGCCCCCGCGCUGCGCCAAGAACCGCACCGAGAUGCGCCGCAAGGUGGUGGAACACACGGUGCCGCGCUGGCGGCUGGUGCAGUACUGCUGUGCGGGCUACCGCCCGGCGCCCGACCCUCCGCCCGGCGCAGGCGGCCGCCGCUGCGCGCCCGAGUGCCCCAUGGGCUGCGCGCACGGCGUCUGCGCAGAGCCGCACCGCUGCGAGUGCAGCGCGGGCUUCUCCGGGCUGCGCUGCGACACGCCGCCUUCGGGCCCGGCUGCACGCAGCGCUGCCCGGCAGUUGCCUGCCGCGCUGGCGCCCUGCCCACGGGCGACCGGCGCCUGCCCCGAGCGGCCACCGCCCCCUCCGACCACCCCGUGCCCGCGCCCCCGCGCCGCCCGCCCCGGCCCCGCCCCCGGCCGGCUGACCACCCCCGCCGCUGGACGGGCACACCGCCCCCGCAACGCCUCGACUGCCACCGCCGCCCCCGCGCCCCCGCCGGCCGCCGCCGCCAGCGCCCCACCGGGACACCCCCUGCCCACACCCAGGCUGCCCGCCGACGCGGCGCGGCCGGGCGGCGGACUGUGGGGCGGUCUGCAGCGGCUCCACGCAGGGCCCCGCCCGACGCCUCGCCCACACGACGCCCCGGGCGCGCGGCGACGCCGCUGGACGACUCGGGCCGCCCCGCCGCCCACCGACGCCCCGGCGCCGGACGACGCCGACGCCGACGCCGACGGCGACGACAACCACGACGAUUCGCGGACACGACGAGUCGCUCGGAUCGUGGACGCGUGA